AUGUCCUGGGGUCUCUACGGCUAUGACAACUCGUUCGUAUCUCCACUACUGUCACUGCCACAUUUUGUGGCCAGGUACCAAGGCUCAGGUACAGCAUUCACGGCUUUCAAUCUCAAUUUACUCAUCUCUGUCCCCCUUAUUGGCGCUGCUCUAGGAAGCUAUGCUUCUGUGCCGAUCCAGCUGAGAAUCGGGAGGAAAUGGUCACUCGUCGUUGCGUAUUCCCUAUUUUCGAUUCCCGGGUCAAUACUCCAGCUCUUCGCCCCGAACAUGGCCGCCUUUGUCAUUGGGAGAACUUGGAAUAACGCAGGGAUAAGCAUUUUGAACACUGUCAGUGGCCUCUACCUCGCCGAACUCGUACCUGUUCACAUCCGGGCGAGGGCUGUUGGAGCGAGCGUUGCUUGCGCAAAUGCAGUGAGCGUUAUAGCAACCACUGCAGUCUGGGCGACCGAGAAAAUAGACAGCCCUCAACAGUACAAAAUCCCGCUUUGGAUCCAGGUGGCCUUCCCCGUCGCUUUGGCCUUGCUGACUCUUACUGUCCUGGAAUCGCCUACCUGGUACAUGGUCCAUAAUCAGGAAGAAAAGGCUCGUGCUGUCCUGAUGAAACUCCGUCACGAGAACAGUAGAAUCGUUGAAUCAGAGAUGGCGCUUUUACGCACUUUCGUUGCACAAGACGAGGAACAUCGCCAAAGCGCACAUUUCUGGAAAAUUUUAGACAAGGAAAACCUCCAACGCACAUUGAUUGCAGGGGCAUGCUUGAGCACCUGCCAAGUUGGUGGCCAGAUUUUGAUUCUGGCUUAUUCCACUGUACUGCUUGUCCAAAGUGGUGUCAGCAAUCCUUUCCAAAUCACAGUUAUCAUCUUCCUUGCGCAAUUUCUGGGAAUCUGUAUUGGCCCGUUCUUGAUGGACCGCUACGGAAGGAGGCCCAUUGGCCUCGCUGGGUUCACCAUCUUGUUUUUGCUGGACGUCGCAAUCGGAGGUCUAGCCUGUGGUGGUUUACUUACCGACCGGGAACGAGUGGGGCUUGCAGCGCUGUUCAUCAUCUUCGCAUUCUUCAACUCAUUGACCUUCCAAUCUCUAGUACUUCUAUUGCCAGCUGAGCUCCCUGCAGCACGAUAUCGAGAAGCAACAGCAGCAUGGUCCAUGUUCUGGUCUUAUGUAACUGCAACGGUCACAACAUUUGCAGUUCCCCAGAUCACCCAGAACGCCGGUCUUGGUGCCAAAACUGAUCUGAUUUUUGCUGGCUGUAUGUUCUUAACGAUCAUCGGGGCAUAUUUCUAUCUCCCCGAGACCAGAGGCCGAACCCUGGCUGAGAUCGACGAGAUGUUCCGGAUGAAACUUCCAAUGCGAAAAUGGAAAGCCUAUACCUGUACGGCUGUCACGGAAAGAGCUGUGGAAGAGUUUACUGCUGGGAAGCCUGAGGGGUAA